UUGGAAAUUGAGACGACCUAUUCGUUUUGAAAACUGUCGGAUCUGAAGCUAUAUAUGGUCGCCAUUGACGAGCAAACAAUGUGCGAGAUAGCAUUGGAACGUAGUCGCAAAUAAAGUCAAAUUAACCGAUCAACAAUUGAAUAGAUUUAAUUGACACAAAACCGUGUGAAAGUAUAUUUUCUUUUAAAUAAAAUUAUUUUAAAAACGAGAGAGAAAAAUCAGUGGUAAUUUCAUCAUGGGUGAUAAUAGUGGAAAUGCGAUUGCAAAUCGAAAGCGUAAAGCAAAGGAUUCAGCAAAUCAACAACAAUCGGGCCCAAAAUUGUACAGCAAUCGAUGGAUGUUGCGUGUGUAUCAAGAGAAACCACCAUUUCCGGAGGAAUUAUUUGAUACAAUGUUUACGAAAGAAAAAAUUGAAACGCUUGUUGCCGCAUUAAAAUUGGCCACCGACAAAGAAGUUGAGGAGAGCAAACGUUUGCUGGAGAGUGACUACACAUACUCAUUAAUGAUUGCCAGUCAUAAAGUACCACAUGUUCCCGUUCAUUUAUCGAGAAUAUUGCUAAAACAUUCAUUGCACAACGAAGAUUCGGAAGUUGCAUUGUUUGUUAAGGACUUGAAACGUGGUCGACGUCUAGACUUCGAGCCAACUAUUCAACACUAUGAAAAUUUAUUGCGCGAGAAAAAUGUGACAAAAUAUCGCAUCACCGUAAUACCAGUGAAUCAACUGUACAAUGAGUAUGCAACAUUCGAGCUGAGGCGCAAAUUAUCAUAUUUGUAUGAUAAAUUUUUGGUCGAUUCGCCAAUUGCUGCCCACGUAAAUGGUUUUCUUGGCUCGAAAAUGUUGAAAAAGGGACGUCUUGCGAUUCCGGUGAAUCUAUCGAAAGAGAAUUUAUCGGAUGAAAUCGAUAAGGCGAUGCGUAAAGUGUUCUACAAGCAUGUCAAUCAAGGCAUCACACAGAACAUUCAGGUUGGCAAGCACACCAUGCCAAACGAUCAAAUUGCCGACAAUAUCAUCGAUUUGCUUCGGCAAUUUGGUGACAUUCAUCCUGGAGGCUACAAAAAUGUUCACAAGCUAUUCCUACGGCCACAAGCAAACGUAUCUGUUGUUAUUCCACUCUAUGUUUCGGCCGAUCAACCAUUAGAUAAGACACCAGUCGACCGUACCGCUGGUGAACAAGUUUUACAACAACAUUCUAAAAUGGCACAUAGCCUUUUGGGCGAUUUCAAUAUAAACGAGGCUGGUAAAUUGGUGCAAAAACGUCGACCGGCUGCCUCAAUUCUCGACGAAGAAAUGUUACUCAGUGAAGAUGAGGCUGACAACCAACCGCCGACCAAAAAACCAUUGACGGAAACUGAAACAAAAGAUGUAAAACCAGCAAUAACAAACACACCUGAAAAGCCACAACAAAUGGAUAAACAAAAUGCAAAUAAACCAUCAAAAGUACAACAGCACCAACAACAACAACAACAAGGCGGCGGAAAUCUUUUAAAACAGCGAAAAAAGGUCAUGAAUCGAUCACCAUCAAAUAAUAGACUGAGUAAUAAUGGCCCAAUGAACAUGAAUCAACUCAAUCAACAAAUGUCUGAUUCGAUGCCGCGUGAUGGUAACGAUUUAUUUAUGCGUAAACGCAAUUUUAUGGAGUCUGACAUGGGUGGCAGCUUUGAUCGGUCUGAUCGUGUUUUCAAUAUGGCCGGUUCGAAUUUUAUGAACGAUCGCAACAUGAACAAUUCAAAUAAUUUUGGUAAUAAUCGUGGUGACUUUGGCGAUGAAUUUUCAAGACGACCAGCUAAGAAUGACGGUUUUAAUCAUUUUGGUGGCGGUAAUCGGUCGGGCAAUGCAAAUGGUGGUGGUGGAGGCGGCGGUGGCCGAAUGUUCAACCGCUAUUAAUUAUUUUAAUCUUUGAUUCUUUUCAAUCAUACAUACAUUUUAAAUCAUCUUCUAUUGACCGAUUUAUCAGAAAUGAAAAUAAAAAUUAGUUUAGCAUCAGACAUAUAGAAUUUUAUUAACACAUCGAAUUUGUGUUACAUUGAAAGAAUCUUAAAUUGAUACGAAUAAAUAUUAAAUUUACGGAAAAA